UAUUGCGAUGGCGGCUGUUUUGAUAUGAGAACAAGUUCGGGCUCAUCAUUUUAUUAUAAUAUCGUGUAUUUUAUGCUACUGCAGAAUCCAUGGUAAAAUAAUUCCAACAAUUUAAUACAUGAACCCAGUUAGCCUCAACAAGGGCUUUUGUCAUGUCCUACAUCUCCUGUAUAGAAGCAAAUCGUAAUUCAAUUAUUCAUCACUGGUGGUCGAUAUCAAAACAAAGGUGUUUGCAAUUUGACACCUACACUCAACAUAGUUUAGUCAAAGUCUGUCGCUGAUUUCUGGGCAGGCCUUUAUUUUUUGGUAAUUAAGGCAUUUCGAUUCCAUUUUGUCCAUUAAUUAUUUACGAUAUGAAACAAUUUGGACGUUGUGUCGCCCGUUUGUGGCAAAUUGCCUCCAAACUUGAACGUGAUUGAACAUGUCAAAGAGCUCCUUACUGGUAGAGGAUUCCUAUGAACGACGUGACCUAGAAACACCGGGUUAACGGAUUUCUGUUUUACUUCACUAAAAUAUUCAGGAAAUGUAGCCAAAAUAGUAUCAAAAUGUGACGUUUUGUGAUUAGAUAUAGGAUUACUAUUACUGAUUUUGAAUUGGUGAGGAAUGAGGAAAUGUUCACAAGAAAAUUGAGGCUUAGCCUAGUGUAGGGUGAAGAACUUCAAACUUAAAAAUGGAUGACAGAGUUCAUCAAUUAACAGACAACUUACAGGGUACGACUCGGAACCUGCGGUCGUUGGAUCGUAUGCUUGGUACCUACAGAGAUGUAGGUCGGGAACAGAGAGGCGCCGUAGACAGGUUACGUGAUGACUUAAGGACAACACAGGAUGAACUCCAGCGAGAGAGGGUGAGGAGCCCGCUACACCACCGGGAUUAUGGGAGUGAUAGCGAGUAUGAAAUAUCACCGAUGGCAAAUAGACGACGGCGAAAGCGCCGGUCGACUGUAAGAUUUGCAGAUGAUAUGAACAGAGAGUUACAUGGACUACACAGAUCUUUUCGAGAUUUAUCUAACGACCAUUUUGAUCUUGAGACCAGCCUCAACAGGGAAACAGAGAGACGGGACAGAAACGACGGGGAGUCUAAGAGGACGAUGAGGGAGAUAUCGGACAACUUGAAACGUCUGCCUCACUCUGACCCUGUGGCCAUGCGUGUAGAGGAGAGACUCGCAGCCAUACAGAACGAGCUGCGGUCAGAAAGACAGUCGCUAAACAGAUAUGACGAACUGGUCAACCUCUCCACAGACCUUCGUCAGGCACUGAACACACAUCAGCAUUUACUGACGCAGCCCCAGCGACCAGCCAUGGACGACCGACUGCAGGCUCAGUAUAUACAGGCUGAGUCACAGAAAAACAGGAUUGAGUCAGAAUUAGACGCUGUUAAGAGGAAGCUGGACCAGACAGCAGGUGGCAAGGCAGCUCUAGAACAGCAGGUUGGUGACUUGCGGGCACAGCUGAACCGAAUGGAACAGGAUCGUGCUCGAAUGAAGAACCACCUGGAGGAGAGCCGCUAUGAGGAGGAAGUCCGGGACCGUCGCAAAAAACAGUCCUUGGAAGAGGACCGUGACCGAGUGCGUAGGUCCCUGGAGAAGGAGGUAGUGGACCUACGCGGACAGCUAUCCAGGUCGAUGGGUGCUCAUGGUGAGGUUGAUGAGUUACGUAGAGGGAUUGAUCGCAGUGAGCGGCAACGAGCCCAACUCUCGGACCACAUAGAGACAAUAACAAGAGACCUGGAGAACAGAGAGAAACAGACAGCCAAGCUUAUCACGCAGCUGAAGGAGACUUCAGAUAAGUUUGAGGAAGCAGACCGCCACAAGAGCCAGCUGAUGGCCCAGUAUGAGGACACACUAGGGCGUCUAAAAGAGUGCAGUAAAGAGCUUGAGAAAACUGUGACUGAGCUGCGGGGUACACAGGGUACUUUGUCCGAGGCAGAGAGAAAGAGAGAUGAGUUCAAGGGUCGUGCACAGGAAACCGUCAGACAAUGGAAGAUGAAGACAAAACAGCUUGAGAGAGAGGUUGACCGUCACAAACACGGAACCAACACGUUGAUGCAGAGGAAUGAACAGCUGGUGAAAGAGUUAGAGGGCAUGAGGCACCAACUACACCACCAGGGAGUGCAGAUGGACAACCUCAAACGUGAGCUGGGUGACGCCUUGGCGGUGAGAGCAGCCCAGGAUGAACAGAUCCGUCUGAAGGAUGUGGAGAUCAAUGAACUAAAGUCUGUGCGUAUGGACCUGGACCAUGAACUCCGAGACUCUCGUUCUGUCUGUGAUAGAAUGGAGAAUGAACUAAAUGCAGCCCAGACACGUGUAUCAACUCUAUCUGAGGAGAAGAACAGACUGGAGGAUAAACUGUCCUCUGUUGAAGCAGCACACCUUCUGUCACAGGACCAAGCUAAUCAACUACAGCAAGAACUUAAAGAAUUAAGCUCGGUGAAGGCAGAGUUUGCCUCUCAGUUGUCCCUGGCCAAUGGUAAAAUCCAUGACCUGAGACACAACUUUGUUGAGCUACAACACCGAGAGAAGGCGGCUAGAGAGGAGUUGAAAAUCUACCAGAGACAACUGGCAGAGGAACGAGAAUCGCACCACAAUACAGUUGAAAAUCUCAAACAAGAACUUAAUGAGGUCAAGGUGCGGGAAGCUCAUGUGAUGCAGGACAUACAGAGAAAGAUGAAGAGAGGACACGCAGAGUAUGAGGCAACCAUACAGGCUCUUAAGAUGGAAUUAGGAGAAGAGAAAUCCUCCUCCAAAAUAUCUAAACGUAAUGAAGAGAAGAUGCGUCAGGAUGUGGAGAGACUCACACACGAAGUAGAGAGAUCUGAAGAGGAGAGCUCCAACCUCUUAAGGAGACUUGAGCAUGCUCAUCAAGAAUUUCAGACCCAGACUCAAAUGGCAGAGAGUGAUAUGUCAAGGGUAAAGAAAUAUGAAGAUGAACUAUUUGCUCUGAAGAGUGAGCUGAAGAAGUCUAGGACUGACCAUGAUGGCCUCGUAUAUGAAAUGGUGACAGAGGUUGACACACUGAUGGAGCUAGUCGCUACAGGUUCCAUGGAGAAACGUCAGACAGUGACUGCUGUGAAGGGAGCUCCUAAUGGUCCAAGUGCCACCGUAGUUGAUAUCAAAAGUAAGAUGAAAUGGCUGCGUCGAGAGAUAAGGGACAGGAUCAAGUAUGAACAGAAGUUACGCAAAGACCUGCGAGAGGCUUUAACCUGUAACGACCAUGACCGCCAGUUCCUUCUUGCAGAACUUGCCAAAAGAGAAGAUGUCCUUGAUGAAUUGUCCAGUGCCAAGCAAGGGAGGAUCCUACAAAUGCCAUACCUUGGCAAGCUGUUACCUGAGCUGGCCUACAGAGAUCUGGAUAACGUGCAAGCCGUAGAGAAAUUACAGGAACACAUCCUUGAUUUGACAGAUGAAUUAGAAUUGAGGAAAAUACGAGAGGAAGAGAUCAUACGAGCCCAGGAAUCUGACAAACAACACAUCAUUGAAGAUUUACACGAACUCAGGACUGUACAAGAGGAGAAGGCUAGGAUAGAGGAUCGAUAUCUGCGUCUGUCUGAGACAAUGAGAGCCCUACAAGAUGAGAUAAAAUCUGCAAACAUAGGGGGAAACAAGGUGACAGAGUUUGAGCGUGAGAGGAAUGUUGGAAAUCUGCGAAAGUCUACAACGCCAAGGAAGAAGAACCAGAGAGUCCGGAUACAUGAGAGUUCGAAGCGUCCAAUCACUCCCCCGUCAAAGCUAAAGAAGGGCCAAACUCCUCCCAUGUCAUUGUCCGAGGAAGAAUUCAAAAGACGUUAUAUGUCUGAAAAAGACUGCUAGCAUUAUUAAACUUAAUACUAUAUCUCCUCAAACAAUGUAUUCUGUGAAACAGGACUGACCAGGGUUUUAUAGAAAUUGAACUGUUGAUUACUUUGUGGGCCAGAAGUACCGGUAAUCACCAAGUACCUCCACAAACAGCUUAUGGUCAAAGAUAGAUUACUUUGCCUUUGAGGACUUCAGGCCCACAUGAUUAAAAAUAAUUUCUUUCUAAUGUUGGUAUUGGGGCUUGUUAAGGUGUUCUAUUAUGUCUUGUACAGAUGUGUUUGAUGCCCUGUACAGAUGCGUUUGAUGCCCUGUACAGAUGUGUUUGAUGCCCGGUACAGAUGUGUUUGAUGCCCUGUACAGAUGUGUUUUAAGCCCUGUACAGAUGGGUUUGGUGCCCUGUACAGAUGUGUUUGAUGCCCUGUACAGAUUUGUUUGAUGCCCUGUACAGAUGUGUUUGAUGCCCUGUACAGAUAUGUUUGAUGCCCUGUUAGGUGUUGCUUGAUGACCUGUACAUGUGUUGUGUGAUGCCCUGUUAGGUAUUGUUUGAUGCCUUGUAUAUGUGUUGUGUGAUGCCUUGUACAGGUGUUGUAUGAUGCCUCGUACAGGUAUGAGGUCGUGUACAGGUGUUGUGUGAUGCCUUGUACAGGUAUGAUGUCGUGUACAGAUGUUGAGUGAUGCCCUGUACAGGUGUUGUUUGAUGCCCUGUACAGGUCUUGUGUGAUGCCUUGUACAGGUGUUGUAUGAUGCCUCGUACAGAUGUGUGAUGCCUUGUUGUAUGAUGCCUUGUACAGGUGUUGUGUGAUGCCUUGUACAGGUAUGAUGUCAUGUACAGGUGUUGUGUGAUGCCCUGUACAGGUAUGAUGUCAUGUACAUGUGUUGUAUGAUACCUUGUACAGGUAUGAUGUCAUGUAAGAUGUUGUGUGAUGCCUUUUUCAGGUACGAUGUCAUGUACAGGUGUUGUGUGAUGCCUCGUACAGGUAUGAUGUCGUGUUCAGGUGUUGUGUGAUGCCUUGUACAGGUAUGAUGUUGUGUACAGGUGUUGUGUGAUGCCCUGUACAGGUAUGGUGUCAUGUACAGGUGUUGUGUGAUGCCUUGUACAGGUAUGAUGUGUACAGAUGUUGAGUGAUGCCUUGUACAGGUAUGAUGUGUACAGAUGUUGUGUGAUGCCCUGUACAGGUAUGGUGUCAUGUACAGGUGUUGUGUGAUGCCCUGUACAGGUAUGAUGUGUACAGAUGUUGAGUGAUGCCCUGUACAGGUGUUGUGUGAUGCCUUGUAUAGGUAUGAUGUCGUGUACAGGUGUUGUGUGAUGCCUUGUACAGGUAUGAUGUCAUGAACAGGUGUUGUGUGAUGCCUUGUACAGGUAUGAUGUUGUGUACAGAUGUUGAGUGAUGCCCUGUACAGGUGUUGUGUGAUGCCCUGUACAGGAGUUACAUUUGAUACACAGAUUCUGUAGUACUGUGGGGCAGUGUACAGUCUUCUCACAUACUCUAUAUUACCACAUUCCCAAGAAAUGUUAAGAUCUUUCAUUAUCAUUUCUAAGAUGUUAAGAUCUUCUACAUCAUUCUCAAGAUGUGUUUAUAUCCUACAUGACAUUCCUGAGAUAUGUUAAGAUCUUACACAAUAUUCUACGGAGAUGUCAAGAUAUUAUAUAACAUUCCAGAGAAAUGUCAAGAUCUCAUAUACCAGGCAAUUUUCCAGAGAGAUGUUAAGAUCUGAAUCAAAAAAAUUCAACAGGAGAUGUAUUUUCACAUUAACUGAUAAGUGACUAAUUCAGUUACUACUACUGUUACAAAUUAGGUAAUAUAUGAUAUUAAUAUGACAGAAUUCCUACUUAACAUUUGCUUUUAUGAGAAAAUGCUUUGGCUAGUUAUUUCACACUACCAUGAAACAUUCUAUUUGUUGCUUCAUAUUUCACUAAAACUAGAAAGAAAGAUGAAGACAAACCAAUGAAAGCCAAACACAUGUAAGUAGUGUAGUAGCUGUAUGAUAAACUGUAAUCUUAGCCAGGUCGCCAGUAGAGAAACCUUAGCCACGUCACUUUCACUUGAAGAAAAACUUUAAGCCAGGCCCUCUGUAGGCCUGUAUAGAUAGCUGUGUGUAAAUGUCCGUUAUAUGCCAUAUAUACAUGAAAUGUAGAUACGUUAACUAUUUAUUUUAGUGCUGAUUUGAAUGGGUGAAAUAUGUGAAUGUUUGUUGAUUGUGAUUAUUUGUUAGUGUCCUCAAGGUGAAAGAUCAGUUUCACUUUGACAUCAGAUGAAAUAUACUACAUUUCUGUACAUUCUAAGACAUUGGAAUUCUUCUAGCACAAAUUCACUAAAUUGUUGCCAUUAUACAGGGCUAUUAGUUGACCCUUCUAAAGUCAAAUCACUAUGUCCUUGAAAUUUGAAAAGUCAAAACCUGUUAAAUAGACACAUGCUUCAGAACCCACGAGUCAAAACUCAUUUCGGGAAAUCAAAAACAUACUCUCAAGGGUCUACCAAAAGCCUUAAAUCAUAUAUAAAAGUGGAAAACUUUUGUAUUUUAUCAGUAAAAUCUAACACUUCCUCAUACCCACCUCUACAAUAUCUGGUAUUGGUUAGUGGUUGGGUGAAUAUUGCAAGUUAACCCUUUCACCACUGUAGACCAUAAUGGACUCACCCUGAUAAAUGUAUGGUAGAGUCUACUUAAGUUACCUAGGGGUGAAAGAGUUGAUAAACAUGGUUUUUACUUAUCCCUUAAUGUUCUUUUAAAGGAAUAAGUGAGCAAGGAACAAGGAUGUAAGAUCUGUUAUUAAAACAGUGGAGCAUUUAACGUUUUGCAAGUUGGUUAUGUAAUGCCAAUGUUGUUUUGUAUUUAUUUUCACGAAUUACUGGGUAGUUGUAGGUGUUUAUGUAUAGGAUCUGAGUGAUCACAAAGUAUUGUGAACUGGAGUGCCUAUUACAUAUAUUUGUAAUACAAACUGAUUUAUAUGACGGGACCUGUGAUAUGUAUAUGAAAUUUGUUGUGCAAAAAUCUUUAAAGGUGUAUAUUGUCUCAUUGUUGGCAAUAUUUUAAGAACCGUUCCAGUAUUUUUGGUUAAAUGCACAUCUUGUUUACUUUUAUGUCUUAUAAUUACAAACAAGCGCUUCUAACAUUCUGUAUUUACAAUAUUUCCUUUUUAAAAUUUUAGAAUAAUCACCAGAGAUUUAUGUAAGAACAAGAUGAUUUGUACUUUGUUCAAAAUGAACGGAAUCUCUUAGAAGUGUAUUUUAUAACUCUUUACUUUCCUCUGUGAUGAUGAAUUCUACACAUCAAUGAUCUAAGUUACUUUGCAUUCCUCUACAAAUCUUUAUUGUGAAUUUCUACAUUGUAUAUUAAAUCAAAUUUUAUACACAAAUACAUAAAUAAAACCUAUAUAUUGUACUUCUUGUUUAUUG